AUGGACUACGGCCACCUGAUGUUUGACGAGCCGGAAGCCGCCGCCGACGCGGCGCUUCCGGCCCCCGAUUUUGACUUUUACGGCUUCAUGCCGGCGCCAGGCGAUGUUAUGGGCAAUAUGCCCCAACAGCAGCAGCAGCAGCAACAGCAACAAAGGGACCAGCAACUACAACGUCAACAUAUCGUCCCGUCACCAGGCACCGUGAGCGACGGUGGUCUGCGCAGCCACAGCCAUGGCGGCUUCGACGUCGUCGACCAAGACAUGCACUUCUCCACACCCCACGCGUUCCACCUGGGCUCGUCAGCAUCAUCGACAACGGCAGCCGCAUCGACCGGCUCCACAAUGUUGCCGCGCGGCAGCGCGAGUACGGCUUCCACCACACCGGGCCGCCUCUCGCCCAUGCCGCUGGUGCCGGGAACCACGUCGCCCGACGCAAGGAACCUGUCCAUCUCGGCACCGUCGGUGACCGGCAAGACGUUGGUCCUCGCCAGCAACAACCACGCCCGCUCCCACCACCACCACCAGCCGCAGCAGCAGCAACACCAUCACCACAUGCAGGGCAACCUGAGCGGCAGCGAAGCCGCCAGCAACAGCAGCCACAACAAACGUCUCGAGCGCCGCGGUCACACCAAGUCGCGGCGUGGCUGCUUCAACUGCAAGCGCCGCCGCAUCAAGUGCCAGGAGACGCGGCCAGCCUGCGGCCACUGCCUCAAGACGGGACUGCAGUGCGAGUACCCCGUGGCGCCGCUCGUCAACCACCAGCCACAGCACCAGAUUCCGCUCUUCAGUCUGCAGGACAUGCGCUUCUUCCAGCACUUUUUGCUGCACUGCAGCCCGCACCACCCCCUCGGGAACCACUCCCUCUGGACGCACGAGAUUCCCUGCCUUUCACAUUCGUACGACUAUUUGAUGCACGCGCUGCUCGGCAUGGCCGCUUCGGAUCUCAUGCGGGACGACCCCAGCCUCGUGACUGCCGCGAUGGACCACCGUCUCAAGGCCAUCCGGUCGAUCAAGCGGACGCUGGCUGCCGUCCCGAAGUGGCCCAAUUCCGGUGCCGCCCAGUCACAGCCGGCCGUGGGCGAGCGCAGUGGCUCCGGGUCCGCGUCGCCGCACAGCACGGGUGAGGAGAGUAGCGGGAAAGGCGGCGGGGCGCGACGACAGUCCGGGUCGAGCUCGGGCGAGCCCUGGGACUUGCACGGCGGCUCCAGCGCGCCCGGCACGCCCAUGUUCGAGGAGGGCAACGCGCUGAUGGCGACGUGCUUUGCGCUGACGUUCCAGUCGGUGGCGCUCGACGACGGCAUGGCCGAGUACAUGACGUUUAUCCGCGGCAUCAUUGUGGUCGCGAUCCAGAUGUACCUCAAGGGCGCACGCAUCAUGUUCCGCAACCUGCUGAACAACGACCAGGCCGAGCUGCUGCGGCCGGCGAUCGAGCCCAUGUCGGCCAUUGACCGGCAGUGGAGCAUGGCCGCGCUUACAGCCUGCCAGAACCUUGCACCGCUUUGCGCCGGCGACAGCAUGGCAACGACGUACCAGAAGCUGGUCGUGGAGAUGGCCGAGGCGCUGCUGGUGUCGCCCCUGGAGGCGUACUCGGCCAUGACGCGGCACUAUGCAUGGUGGAUGCAGCUGCCGCACGAGCAGUUCCGCCAGGUCAUUGACCUCGACAAGCAGGUGUUUGUGCUGUUGGCGACGCACUGGAUUGCGCUCAAACAGAUCAUGGCGCGCAUCACCUCCAAGGAGGAGGUCGUGUCGACGGCUCUGUCGCGGAUGGAGAGCGCCGAGGGACGGUCGGCGGGGAAGCCUGUGCCGUCCAUUGAGGUCGACGGCGUCAAGGACGUGGACGGCUCCAUGGACCCGGGCAUCUUCCGGUGGCUGAAGCACCUCAACCGACAGGUGGAGCCCGAGUACCUGGCCUACAACAAGUGGCCGAUGUGGGUCGAGUCGGAACUGGACCGGGACCUGGGUGCGUUUGGCAAGCAGUGA